ACUCCUGUUCCGGGGGAAAGGGGGGGACGGUUAAGAAGGGAACAUGAGCUCCAGGAAGUGACGCAGAACAGAAGGGCUCCGGGCGACCGGAGGUAGCAGGAGCCAUGGCAGAGGCGGAAGCGGAAGGAUGCUCCCUACUGCUGCCGCCAAUGCCCCCUCAGGGGAUGGCGGAAGUGGAGGCGGCGGACCAAGCAGCGAUGAAGCAGUUCCGUGGAAGCGGCGGUGGUGGCAGCGGCGCAGUCGUAGGCAUGGAUGUGGAGCGCAGCCGCUUCCCCUACUGCGUGGUGUGGACGCCCAUUCCCUUGCUCACGUGGGUUUUCCCCAUUAUUGGCCACAUGGGCAUCUGUACUUCCACGGGCAUCAUUCGGGACUUCGCAGGCCCCUACUAUGUCUCGGAAGACAAUAUGGCCUUUGGGAAGCCUGUGAAGUACUGGAAGUUGGACCCCUCCAAAGUACACGCCAGCCGGCCGAACGCCUGGGAUACUGCGGUCCACGAGGCAUCCGAGGAGUAUAAACAUCGCAUGCAUAAUCUCUGCUGUGACAACUGCCACUCCCAUGUGGCCCUGGCCCUGAAUCUGAUGCGUUACAACAACAGCUCCCACUGGAACAUGGUGAAGGUCUGCUUCUUCUGCCUGAUCUAUGGGAAGUAUGUCAGUGUUGGGGCAUUUGUGAAGACCUGGCUCCCCUUUGUCCUCCUCUUGGGCAUCAUCGUCACUACUGCCCUUGUCUUCAACCUGCGGUGAUGGCUGCAUCCUAAACCUGGCCCCAGCUGGAAGGAGACUGGGCCUGACCUGCACACUCCCUGCCCCGUCCUCCCAGAGCUGGCUGCUGGGCCUAGACUCCUACCUCCUUUGGUUGUAGAAAGCACUCCCUCCCCAAAGUACUGGAGCCACGGUUCGUAGCAGCCAAAACUCAAGAGACUGAGAUGACGACUGUGGAAGGGGUCAGUUACUCCUAGCUCUGUUUUAGUCAGCCAGGGUCCUUCUUCUUCUCCCCACUCUCCAGAAUGGAGCAGCUGACCUCUUCUCACCUUGUGGGAUCUUUCAGGAUGCUAUCAGGGAAGGGGGCUGGCUGUUGUUCCAAGGCCAGAAUCCUUCCCUUCCCUUCCUGAUCUUUCCCACCAAGCCCUGCAGCUUGACACAGCCUGCCUCUGCCCCACCACAGGUUUUUAGGCCUUUCCUUCUCAUUCCUGUCUCCCCCAUCCCCUCCACAGAGCUCCAGAUCCCUAUCUCAGGGGAGGGGUAGAAGGGCCGCCUAGCUAAGUCCCAGUGUUGGCCAAGGUGCCCCACCAAAGGCAGUACGACAGGGCCUGGCUUUGGGAAUGAAAGGCCCUGGUUUCCCCUCACCGCCACCUACCCUCUAACCUCUGGUUCCCCUUCUGUGCCAGGAGCAGGUAAUAAACUGUGUAUAAUUGGAAGGCUUGGGCUAAUAACUGCCAUGAGAGCCAAGAGAUGGAGGGGCAGGUGCCCCGCCUGCACCCCCUCCUCAGAGGCAUGGCCCUUCUGCUCAGGUCCCUUCCAUUGCUCAGGGCCUUGGCCUCUCACUUAGGACAGAGGAUGUUGGCUGCCCCUACUUCUCCCAUCUGUUUUACCCCAGAAGAAGACAAUUCCUGGCCAAGCAGGAGGCCCCACUUCUGCAGGCUAAUCUUUCCUCCCUGUAAUCCUGAUGUGAGCUGGGGGACAGAACCACAGUGGGAAAUCCAAAGGGCUAUGUAUCACUGUGCCCAGUGCCACACUGACCAGCCCUUGUGAGCCUCUCCUGGAAGGGCAUGCACUAGGGAUAUUUCCUCACUGUGGUGCCUCUCUAUUUAGUCACCCCUUCUCCCUUAAUGUUAUGUAACUGGGGCCCGGCCCCUCCAACCCCUUGCCAAGCAGAUCUAACCUGCUGUGUCCCAACGCCUCUGAAGGGCAGCUGAGCUCUUGUGGAGAAGGGGCUCACCAGGCAGGGCCAAUAAAGAGGCUUAACUCUA